GGCGGUCUCUCCCCGUGCGCGUGCUAUAAGAUCACGUGACUCGCCCUCCCUCUCUGGUGCAGUUUAACAUUUCUCCCGUCGCUAUUUCACGCUGGUAGCACCAUGCAGGAGAAAGGCAGCACAGAAGGUCAGCAGGAGCAGGAGUGUUCAGAGUGCAGACGCAGCUUCAGUCUCCCACAAUCGGAUGAAACCAAGCAGACGGACAAACCUGACGGUGCGUCCAGAUGCCCGUCCUGCCGGGGAGACGGCAGCCCCCCCGACGAAGGGCAGGCCCAGGAGGGCGUCCGUGUGGACCCGCACAGCUGCUCACUGUGCGGCAAAACCUUUAUCUCCUCGGCCCACUUGACCCUACACCUGGCCUCACACACCAAGGAGAGGAGGUUCCAGUGCGGGACCUGUGGCAAGUACUUCCACCAGGCCUCCCACCUCAUGGCCCACGAGGCCAUCCACCGUGGCGACAGGCCCUUUAAAUGCCCCGACUGCGGCAAGACCUUCGGGCGGGCCGCGCAUCUCAAGACUCACCGGCGGUUGCACACCGGCGAGAAGCCCUUCAAGUGUUCCUACUGCGACAAGGCCUUCACGCAGAAAGCGGGCCUGCUCUCGCACGUCCGCAUACACACGGGCGAGCGGGCCUACAAGUGUGAGGAGUGCGGCGAGACUUUCAGCUCUCUGCCGCUGCUGCUCUCUCACAAGGCCGAAGAGUCGGCUCGGCAGGGGGAAGAGGCGCCCGCGGCUGCGCCUCCGCCGGACGAACUAAAGUGCGGCGUCUGCUGCCGCACCUUCAUACGGUCCUCCUACAUUAGACUGCACGUCCGCCUCGAAAAGGGGCUGCGGCCUUAUCACUGCAAAGUGUGCAACAAAACCUUUGCCAAGCUGGACACAUUUAUCAACCACUGCGAUAAACAUUUGAGGCAGAAAGGGGGAAAAAGCGAGGGCAGUUUGGUGAAACCCCCAUUGUUCAUCCCGCUUUCAAAGCCGCCGCCGUUGCCGGAGGCCGCUCAGCCGGUGUCCACCGAGGUCAAAUCAAAAGAGCCGUGAUCAGGACGUCGGGUUCUGCUGGAGCCUAUCCCAGCUGACUUUAGGGCUAGAGGCAGGGUACAACCUGGACUGGUCUUCACCCAAUCAAUCACAGCGCACAUGUACUGGCGCAUUGCUAUAAAUUUGAAUAUUGUUGAAAAUUGUAUUUAUUGCAGGAUUCCAACACCAACGGACAACUAGUCUUCAAUGAACCUGACGUGCAUGUUUUGGGGAAUGUGUGAGGUAAACUCACACACAGCGAAGGUCAGAAGUGAGAUACGAACAUUGAGCCUCAGAAGUGUGAAGCAAACAUUCUAAUGCCACUGUCCCGCCCCCAAGUAGUCAAAAACCAUACAUGGAUAAGAAGAAGCUCAAAAAGUACUUCACUGAUGACACUAUUGUUUCAUUCAGUGAUUUUAUGACAAGAUCUUCGGCCAUUUUUACACAGCGGUUGUAGUCUGUGCAGUGCAAUAAUUUGAAAUAUUUGGACUCUCCAGCUCCAGUUAAGACCAAAAGCAUGUAUACGUUGGCCAUUUUUAUUUGUCAAAUGGCUGUUUUAGCUAGAAAUGACACAAGAAUGUGGCAAAAGACUGUGUACAAUGUAUUAAGAGUUAUUAAGGAGGAUUAAUCACUAUUUGAAUAGCUUUUGUGCAUUUUAAAGAAAAUAAAAUUAUUCAUAACCUUGAGAAAUGGGAGCAAAUAUUUUUGGGCACAAUUCUGGUAACUUAUGUGAAAAUGUUCAGCUUUCUAAUGAAGUUGACAUGUCGAACAUUGGAUAUGACUUAUUGACGAAGGGUAUGAAUAAUUUUGGACACUGAACUUUUUGUUAAAAUGAUUAAAAUAAUUAUCUCUUCCAAGUAACAUUUUGCCACAUUCUUGUCAUUUCUUAAAACUAAAGGACCAAGUAAAUAAUUGGUUUACAUUUUGAUUGAUGAGUUCCUAUGGGCAUAAAUAGCAAAUCAGAGGUUAACCAAAUGGAUUGUGUUCAACUUUGGAGGUUCCACUAUCAUAUUUGUAAGACUAGAAUCUAAAGUCUUUCAACUUCGCUUUGAAGGUGGUGUGAUCCAUGCCUGUGGUACAUCACUAAAAAUGUCCUGGAGAAGUUCUGGGGGGAAAAAAAAAAUAAUAAUAAUCUCUUCCAUUUCGGCGUCUUUAUCCGUUACAACUGAAGGCUGAUCUCAAAAACGCAGAAACUCAGCACGCAAGCGUUGUGUCAGAUGAUGAGAAGCUGUCAGCGCCACAUAGGGAAGCUCUUAGUACCGGCCUAAAGAUCAGAAAAGGGGAAGCACGUCAUCAUAUUGGUGUAGCUCCACUGUCAUAAUGUUCCUACACUGUCGGUGAUUCAUUUGCCUGGCAGGUGGGCUCCUCCUGUGUGUGGCCGUUGAUGUCCCAGUGAAUGGUGACGGUCAAGUGGCGCCUCCAGACGGGGUUCCUUCGCAGAAUAAUGCGUCCACUAAUGAGGUCUGCGGCACGCACGCUGACGGGCUCGUCGAGCAUGAAGAGAGUCUGCUUCCAGUGUGUCGGCCUGGAACCGAGACGUACUUGAGGUAAACUGAAGACCGUGUGAAUUGUUGUCUGUCGAUAUGCGACGGCACUGUGAUUUGACAGGAGAGCAGAACCUCCAAAGUUGAACAUCAAUUGUUAAAAAAAUUAAAAAAAAAAAAAGUCAUAGGAAGUGAUUUAAUCAAUUCUAGGCUCAAAUGUCAAGCCCAUCGUAAAACCUUUACAGAAUUGAUGCUACAAGCAAUGUUUUAAGUAACAUUUUAACAUUCUUAACUGUCAAGUGUAAACAGAAGUUAACCACAGUACAGGGGUCCUCCGUUUACCCCAACAUGUUAUCUGAGGUUCUGAACAGUGCGCAAUGGACUGGUUUGCACAUUUAAGAAUACGCACACGGUGGUGCGAUGUAAAUGGAAUAGUAUUUAAUAAAGUAUUGCUUAUACUGAGCAGCCAAACCUGUUCUUAGAAAUACAAGGGAAAAGCAGCAAAAAAAAAAAAAAGCCAUGGAAUUUAGACCAGGAGUGGGAAGACUUGUGCUCAACAGCCACAUUUGAUUUUUUUUUUUUUUAAUGGCCUAAUGGGCCAGGAUAUUCAUUGAUGAAUUUAACAAUGGUAAAUGUUUAAAUGUGUAUGUAAAAUUGUUUCCCUGAAAAUUAAAAUGUGAAUUUGUGCCAACA